AUGGCGUCUGAUACAGACGGUGCGAAUCCGCGACGCGGCACACGCUCCAAGCGUCCUGCUCAGCGGUACAUGCCUGAACCGACCGGAUCCCAAGAUGCUGCAUCGAUACGCGCAGACACUUUACCGACAGAGGCGAAGAAACGUCGGCGUGCGUUGCCGUCGGAAGAGGAAGAGAAAGAGGAAGAGGAAGAGGAAGAGGAAGAUGACAAAGUGUACUGCGUGUGUCGGAAGCAGGAUAAUGGGUCUCCUAUGAUUUGCUGUAGUGUGUGUGGUGAGUGGUACCACCUCAAGUGCAUGGGCCUCUCAAAACGCGUCGCGGAUGCAAUGGACGAGUAUGUAUGCGAUCCAUGCGAGAAAUCUACUUCCGUGGGUGAGACGCGAAGCAAGGACGAGAACGAGGACGAAUUUAAGGAGGAGGAUGCACAAGAGGACGAAGGCGUCGACGACGAUGCGUACGAAAAAGCAUCGUCCGACGAAAACGAGCGGCCCACAAGGAACGUUGCACCACGACGUGCCGCACGCGCCGCUGUGUCGCGCAAGCGCGCCAAAACGUCGACCACGGACCCUGUGCGCGUGCAUGUGCUUACCACGUUUACCAGCAUUUUUACGCCCCUCUUUGCGGCACACGACGCGGAGCAAGCGCGAGAGAAGGCCAACAUAUACGCGGAAGAACUUGAGCACGAGCUACAUGCGAUGCUUGGGAACAAGGAAAAAGGGCGCUUGUACAAGGAGCGUUUCCGUACGCUCAGCUUCAACCUCAAAGACCAGCGGAACACAUCGCUGCACCGGCGCAUUACCUCGAACGCGCUUUCGGCUACAGAACUAGCACACCUAAACAACGAAGAACUUGCAAACGACACGAUCCGCGUGGCAACAGAAAAAGCAAAGCGCGACGCUUUGCAGCAGUCUGUUUUGCGCGAACAAGCAGAUGGCCCCGCGCGGAAAAUCACGCACAAGGGCGAGGUGGAUAUCGAGCGCGAGAAUGCGCCGUAUGCACCGCCACAAGCAGUCGAAGAGCCGGCUCCUGCAAAGCAGGAAGCACCCGAACAAGAGAGCAAGGAGCCCGAGGCGGCCUCAGCGACGCCAUCGCCGCCGAAAACACAUCCAUCGCUCGACUUUGCACGCGCGUGGAAAGAUGCCGUGCACUCGCCGCGCAACCAGGAAAGCGCGCCGACGGACACGUUCGACUUUGACUUUGACACCACCUAUACACCCGCGCCGGAGCCCGAGGCAGACGCACUUGCCGACGGGGCAAGAGAAGCCAACGACGCGUCUGGCGACGCAGACACCUACAUUGAUUCUUUUCUCGACGAUCCCGGAGCGUCCGUGCAGGAUGCGCCGCUUGCCAAAAGCACCACCCCCCCCGGCACGCCGCCACCGAACGCGUUGGGCCGUGUCCGCCAUGCCAAGCCACGCGCCGUGCCUUUGGAGGCACAGCCCGUCGUUUGGGACGGCGUCGUGACGAUGCCCGAGUUUACGUCGGCCUACGUGCAUGCCCGGCAGCUCAGUGCUCCGCUCUACAAGCCCGACUCGCCUUUGUGGCCCGCCAUUUUCGCCGGCACAGAGUGCAUGGUCGAAGGGCGUCUUCCCGACCGCACCGCCAUCGACUACCUUUUGCAGGUGCGCCACUCGCCGCGGAAUGAUACGCUCUUGCUUGUACUUGAUGCUGGCGGUGAUAUUGAUGCGCCAGAGCGGCACCACGAGACAAAUGAUACCUUGCACAGCUCUGCUUCGCUCGAUAAACUAGUACACUACUUUGCCGACAAGAACCGUUUCGGCGUGCUGACUUCCGCGCCUGGAACGCAAGGAACAUUGGUCAAGGACUUUUAUAUCGCGCCGCUCCGCGCACACACCGAGGUUCCCGACUGGGUCUAUGCCUUGCGCCCCGACGGACUCGGUAAAAAAUGGCACGCAUCGCGCCCGGCGAAUAUUCUCCUCGUUGUGCUUGUGUUUUUUAAGUCUGCUUUGGAGACACAGCUGCGCGAGCCGCACGCAUUUGCGCCUGCACCUGCGCCUGUACGUCCACCUGCGCCUGCGCCUGUGCAUGCACCCAAUGCGCCUACGCCGGUAGCGCUCGACGCACUGCUCAAUGUCAAUCCAGACGCAAUCCAAAAUCUGCUAUCGACACUGGGCAAUGCCAGGCCGCCGGGCGCACCGCCGGGCGUGGUGCCUUUUCCCCCGCCCAUGCGGCCGCCUCCGAUAGAGCACCAGAGCAUCCCGCCGCCGGGCGUGCCGCCGCCGCCUCCCAUGGCGCGCCCCAUGCGUGCUUGGGGCCCAAGCGCUCCUCCUGGCGAAUCUCGCGGUCCGCCCUUACCGUGGGAUGCACCGCGCCCGCCGUUUCCCGGCUACGGGCUGCCCGAAGCCCCUCCCGGUUUUAAUACGUCGCGCGGCGGAUGGUACGGCGGCAAUACCGAUCGGAGUAGCACAAGCCCGUACAACGGCCCCCGAAAACAGCACGGCGGACGGCGCCGUGAGCGAUAG